AUGUCCUCACGUGAGAUAGAGCUCUACAAAAAUUACCGUGGUUUAGGCAGCCAGCGUCUAUUGGGCAAACGUAAGAGACUUGUCCCAGACGACGACGACAGCCCAGCCCAGCCUCCACCCAAGAAGUUUGCAGGUGAUGUUGUCAAAGUCGUUGAGCACUACAACACAAGACCAGAUGUUGGCGUAAAACAGCGCUUAGACUCCCCCAUAAUUGGCCUAAAACAUUUUAACAACUGGGUAAAAUCAGUCCUUAUCACCCGCUUCGCCCACCCCGCCCUCUCCUCUCACUCCUCUUCAUCACGGAAAGGCCCUCCCUCUGGAAAGGUCCUCGACAUGGGCUGCGGAAAAGGCGGCGAUGUCUCAAAGUGGGUUAAGGCCCGAAUAAAAGAACUCUUGGCCGUCGAUAUCGCUGGAGUAUCCGUUGACCAGGCACGCAGCCGCUGGGAAACCAUCCGAGGACCGCGCUUUGACGCUACCUUUGCUACACUUGACUGCUACUCGGAGCCACUCUCCAAGGCCUUCCCACCCGCGAAGCUGGCGCAGCCGUUCGACGUCGUCUCCAUGCAGUUCUGCAUGCACUAUGCUUUCGAGACCGUUCAGAAAGCCCGCUGCAUGCUCGACAACGCCAGUCGGUGGCUCAGAUCUGGUGGUGUGUUUCUUGGGACGAUACCGAAUGCGGAGCAAUUAGAGCGAUUGGAUGGUCUGCCCCCGGAUGCAGAAGACCUUUCGUUUGGAAACUCGGUGUACAAGAUCCGUUUCGAAGACCGCGUUCGGAAGCCCGUAUUUGGGCACAGAUACCACUUCUUCUUGCAGGACGCUGUAGGGGACAUACCGGAGUAUAUCGUUCGUUGGGACAGCUUCGUCCAAUUGGCUGCUGAAUACGGAUUGCAUCCCAUAUACAAGGAAGAGUUCCACCAAGUAUUUGCUGAGCACCAGGAUCACGAAGAAUUUGGACCAUUAAUGGUGCGCAUGAAGGUUGUCGACGCCAACGGUGAGAGCGCGAUGGACGAAGAUCAGUGGGAGGCUGCAAAUAUCUACAUAGCGUUUGCAUUUGAAAAGCGAUAA